AUUAUCUAUGAAAGAUUAAAUGCUUUGUGGAGUAAAAUAACAGGAAUUUCUGGGCCAAACCCAUCCUAUUUCAUAGGCACAUCUCUGGCGUUUAUAACAAAUCAAACCUUUUGAAAAUCGGUUUAAAACUGAGCAAGUUAGUUUUAAUUAAAUAGUACAUGCACCAUUCACCCUAGUGCAAAGAAAGGGGUCAGCUGUAUGAGGUAAGAUGGCCGCCACGUUCCUGCGUCGCAUCCCAUUGGCGAACAGCGGGGAGGAGGCGUCUAGUGUUUUUAUACAUAUCUAUGCUGCUAAUCUCGAACAAGGCCACUUGCUCGGCUGGAAAUUGAACCGGAAGUUGUAGACUAGCCUCCCAGCGAAAGUGCUAAGUUUAGCUAGCCUUAUGUUCAGGUAUAUAUGUCGAUGGUUCAGGCCCACCUUGUGCGCAUUUUCUUGUUGUAUAAAUGAAAAAUAUUGGACCCCCAAUUCAGAGUCUGGUCGUAUACAUUUUUCACCUAUUCGUCUUGGCAAUCGCAGUUUUGUCAUGUAACCAUACAAGUUAUGUCGUUGUGCUACAAAAACAUCGCGGUAACAUUCAGUAAACACUCGACUUUUCCUUCACAUCUUGGUAAAAUUAAUCGACAUGAGCUUUUUACCAUUUUUACAUUUAUUACUAUUUUGGACUCACUAAUCCUCACCGUAGAGGACCGAGGUUUCUGUCUGCCUCUGAAUCCAAGGACGUGGAUAUGCCUGGUAGUUGCUGCUGCGUCAAGGACUGUCACAGUCGUUCACACGACAAGACGGGAGAGAAAGUGGACAACGGAGUCAAAUUUUAUCGCUUCCCGAAGUGGAGAAAACAUCACGGUAAAAGUGUGGAGGAGCUCACAAGGAGACGCCAGAUGGCGUGGAUAGCUGCAGUGAGAAGGAAAGAUCUGACUUUCAACUACAUUCCUCCAUCAAAGAGGGUGUGUUCUCUUCAUUUCUACUCAGGAAAACCAGCUGAGGAAACUCUGGAGACACAUCCUGACUGGGUACCCUCUUUGCACUUGGGCCACAAUGAAGUGAAAGCAAACAACAUUGAGAGAUUUCUUCGUCAAGAAAGGCGACAAGACGUGAAAGUACCCACUACAACGCAGAAUGUGGGAACGUGGGCUCCUCUUGUGGCAAAGUGCAAAACAAAAGACGAACAGGAGGGGGUACCUCACACAGUCGAGGUGGUGCUAAGUGAUGAUGAAGAACAGAUGAACCAAGAGGAUAUUGGUCUUCUGCGAACUAUCGAUGAUGAAAGUACAGAGGAUGUAAUGUCUGACCAACGUAGGCAUGAUGAAAUCAGGAAUCUGCUGGAGGAACACAAACAUCUGGAAAAUGAAUUUGCUGAGCUCAAACUGGCAGAACAAUACCUGAAGGAUGAUGAGAAAGUGAAAUACUACACGGGGCUUCCGAAUUUCUCCACCUUUCAGGUUUUGCUGCACAAUGUUAUGCCUUUUCUUCCUUUCCUGCCUCAUGGAGAAGCAAAGCUGAGUCAUUUUCAGAUGGUCCUUCUCACCUUCAUGCGUCUGAAGUUGGGCUUACCGAUGGAGCACAUCAGCGGUCUGUUUGGUCUGCAGCCUGCUACUGCUAAUGCUGCGUUUGAGGACACCAUUAGUGUUUUGUAUGCAUGCCUGGCUUCACUAGUGAGCUGGCCGGACAGAGAGAGGUUGGGGAGCAGCAUGCCUCAACAGUUUAUGGAGACAUUUGAAGGAGUCUUUACUGUUAUUGUUGAAUGCUUUGAUGUUUCUAUAGAAACACCUUCAGAUGUCGAGGCAACACUUAGGCUGAAAUAUCUUAUCGGCAUCUCUCCACAAGGAGUUAUAUCUUUCGUUUCCAGCGGGCUGACUGGGUGCAUGAGUGAUAGGGAAAUCGCCCAGAGCUGUGGUUUACUCGACUAUCUUCUCGUGGGUGAUAUCGUGUUGGCAGGUCGAGGGUUUGAUGUGGAGAAAAGUGUGGGAAUGAUGUGCGCCGAAGUAAAAAUGCUGACCAAUGGUCGCCAUCACCUGUUGCCAAAGACCGCAGAGGAAACUAAACGGGUUUCACAUCUCAAACCCCAAAUCCAGAAAGUCAUCGGUGUUGUGUGCAACACGUACAAAAUAUUAUCCUCAGACAUUCCCGUCAGGAUGAUCGAGUCCUGCGAGGGUGAGAGCGUGACGUUUCUAGACAAAGUUGUAACGGUUUGUUGUGCUGUCACAAACAUGUGUCUAAAGAUGGGUUCAGUACCUGCAGGAGGCGAGUUCCUGAGUAGUCUCAGUACUCAUGGAUGAGUUUAUGAUCUAAUGACCCUCACUUUCAGAGUCAGAAGACUCCAAAGCAUAACAUUCAUUCAUUCAGACACUGGUGAUGAUGAUCUAAAACGUAGCCACAGCUGCCCUGGGGCACACUGACGGAGGCGAGGCUGACGAGAACAGGCGCCACCCGUCCCAACCACCACCAGCAGGCAAGGUGGGUGAGGAGUCUUGCCCAAGAACACAGCGGCAGCAUUCUCUGGUCGGAGCCGGGAUCGAUCCUACAACCUGAUUACCGGACAACCUGAGCUACUGAGUUACUGACUCAUAUUAAACUCUGCAACCAUGGUCACUCGUAAAUUAAUGUUUUAUUAUUUACACUGUAAAAAAAUCUGUGGAAAACCAGAAAAUGUUCUGAUAAUUUUCUGUCUGGGUUCAGUUUUUCCUAAUGCUGAUUUCAGUAAUAAAAUAUAAAACUACAGGUGAAAUAUCUGUGAAAGGUCAAAGCUAAAUUCUCAUGUCAUCCAUAUUUGUAGUCUUAUGUGUUUAUUAUUAAUGUGUAAAUCAUAUAAAGAUGUUAGGAAUUUAUAAAAAUUCUCCUUGAAAAUACCUCAAAAUCCUAAAUUUAGUGCAAAAAAUGGAAACCUUGUCUAACAUGAGGGCAAAAGCAUUAGCAGCAGUAACCAGAAUAAAUCAGUAAAGGUUUAAAACGGUAUUUUUUUUAAUGUUUAGGUUUCUGUUUAGUGUUUAAGAUUUAAAAAAAGAUUUUUGAGUUGUUUACUUAAAUACUUCUGAGGGUUUCUGCUGAGAUUAUUUGGAAUUUGACUGAUUUUUACCAACACAACCCCUUAAGACAAGUCAGUAAAUCAGCAACAUUCAUUUGCAUCAGAUGACACUAAAAUGGAAUAACCCCACAUUUCAAUCUUUUAGACAUACAGCUGAUUUUUUUGGAGGUGAAGUAGAAAUCUGCUCAUUUUGAACUUUUGCUUUUUGGUCUAAAUGUUCUGGCUGAUGGCCGUUUAUAUCGUUUUGUUGUUAAAGAAAGAUGAUAAUUGUAUAAAUGUCUCAUUUAUCCUAUUAAAUUGUUGCUUCUCUCA